AGUUUAUGUGGCUCUCUUGCUCCACCAGGGCAACGUCUGGAUUCUGUGCAGCUCCAUACUCACAGAGAAAGGAAGGGAAAGUAACUCCAAGUAAGCACACAAAAGAAUUUUAAAAGACAUGUCUCCGUCGAAGUGUUUUUAGAGGAAUUACAAAGGACCUUAACGUUUCCAGGAUUCCAGUAGAGAGCCAACGAGAGAGGCGGUCCUGGAAUGAAUGUUUACAGCACUGGACCAUCCAUCUACCAAGAGCAGCUGCCUUGCAGUUAUUUUUCUGGAGAAAGAAUUCCCACUUGUGGUGCUGUCUUUGAAAGUCACAGAUUGCAACCCAAUGAAAGGACCAUAUGGCUCUGUUACGAAAAAUUAAUCAAAUCCUACUGUUCCUUCUUGUUUUGACUCUCUGUGUCAUUCUGUAUAAUAAAGUUCACAAGAUGCCAUCAUCGGUGCUAAGGAAUGAACCAGUUGAUUUGGAGAGCCCUGAGGAGAUGGAAGAAGAAAUUCCUGUGGUGAUAUGUGCGGCUCCAGGAAGAAUGGGUGCGGCAAUUGCAGCAAUUAGCAGCAUUUAUAGCAACACCGACUCAAAUGUCUUGUUCUAUAUAGUUGGGCUAAGGAAUGGCGUUCCUCAUAUCAGAAAGUGGAUUGAGAAUUCCAAACUGAAAGAGAUAAAGUUUAAAAUUGUAGAAUUCAAUCCUGUGGUACUAAAAGGGAAAAUCAGACAAGAUGCAGCACGUCCUGAGUUACUUCAACCGCUGAACUUUGUUCGGUUUUACCUCCCUCUGCUUAUCCAUGAACAUGAAAAAGUUAUAUAUCUUGAUGAUGAUGUAAUUGUGCAAGGUGAUAUCCAAGAUCUGUAUGACACAAAGUUAUCGCGUGGUCACGCUGCAGCUUUUUCAGAUGACUGUGACCUGCCUUCGACUCAUGAAAUGGUUAGAAGCGUAGGAAUGCAGAAUACCUAUAUGGGUUUUCUGGACUACCGAAAACAAACAAUUAGAGAUCUUGGCAUAAGCCCCAGUACCUGCUCCUUUAAUCCUGGUGUCAUUGUUGCCAACAUGACAGAAUGGAAGCACCAACGAAUCACAAAGCAGUUGGAAAAAUGGAUGCAGAAAAAUGUAGAAGAAAACUUGUACAGCAGCACCCUUGCAGGAGGUGUGGCCACAUCCCCAAUGCUCCUUGUAUUCCAUGGAAAAUAUUCAUCUAUUAAUCCUUUGUGGCAUAUUCGACAUCUUGGUUGGAGUCCUGAUGCCAGGUACUCAGAGCAUUUUCUUCAUGAAGCCAAGUUACUUCAUUGGAAUGGAAGAUACAAGCCUUGGGACUAUCCUAGCGUUCACACUGACCUAUGGGAAAAGUGGUUUAUUCCUGACCCUUCAGGGACUUUUAAACUGAUACGUCCUAAUAGCUGAUGUUAUUUACAUUUCUGAGGCAGCAGGAUUAGUCAUUUCCAGCAUGCAGAAGGUACAUAAUUCUACAUAGUAUUUUGUGAUGUGGUUCACCUCCUUUGUUGUGCAAAACGAUGGCUUUAUGAGACCGUAACUGACUUUUACAAAGCCAUCAUAAGUGUUGAAGAGAUGUCUCAAAAUGAAACUUAGUGAACUGUGCAGCAGGUCCAUGAUGAAGUAUGCACAGUUCAGAGAAGCUUCAAUUUCAAGUUCUGCUAUGAAGACUACAAUGCUUAAGGGAAAGUACUCUUUAUAAAACCAGGAUCUCCAUACUCUGUUUCUUACUUAGAGACCAUUUGUAACACUUUUGAAUUUAAAGAAAGGUUUGCUUUAAAGCCUACUUCUGUAGUCAAUAUUAAACUAAAACAAAG